GACCUUUUUGGAUCCCGUCAUGUCCUGUAACGAAAUCACCUCUCCCUGCCUUCCUCCCCCGGGGCUGGGGACCCGGGAACACUUUGGAGGCAGACAGACUGGGAGUCUCUACCCGAAAGAAGGGGGGCGGGGUUGGCGGAAGGCACAAGUCAAUCUUCAGCAACUGCAUCGCGGUGACACGCCCUGCCGCCGGAGUCUUUCCGGGGCGGAGGUCACCAUGGCGGCCGCCAUGGCUCGGCUUGGUCUGCGGUCGAUCAAGGAAGUUCGGGUUCAAUUCUGCCCUUUCGAGAAGAACGUGGAGUCCACGAGUUUUACCGGUAGGACCUUCCUCCAGGCGGUAAGCAGCGAGAAGGUUCGCUCCACCAAUCUCAACUGCACGGUGAUUGUGGAUGUGAGGCACGACGGCUCGGAGCCCUGCGUGGAUGUGCUUUUCGGAGAUGGGCAUCGCCUGAUUAUGCGCAGCGCCCACCUCACCGCUCAGGAAAUGUUUGUUGCCUUUGCCUCCCAUGUCCAGGCCAGAAGCUCUGCAGGGAACGGGGAGAAGUCAGAAGCUGGUACUGGGCGCUGACAGUGAGGAAGAGACCCACAAACUGAUUUUGGCCUAGGACUAGAAUACUUGCCUGAGAAGUCCUUGACUUAAUCAUUCAAGGACCAAUUGGAGGGCCACUGAGAGGGUAGGGGCCAGGGGAGCUUCACCACUUCUGAGGCAAGAUGGGGUGGGAGGGGUGAGGGCAACCUUUGAGGUUUUUUUCACUUCCCAUCACUUAACUGCUUAACACUUUUGAAUUUGGCUUUUCCCGUUACUUAACGUUCUUUUAAAUUUUUCUUUUAAACCAAUCUAGUGGUUUUUCUCAGUCCUUCUCUUACUUAGUAGCUUCUUUUCACUCUUAAUUUACCCCCUUGUGGAAGCUUUCUCCUUCUUGGAUCUUUUUCUUUUUCUAACCAUAAAGAUAUUAAUACUCUUGUCCUUCUUUUUCUCUUUAUCCCUGUGGCAUCCUAUCUUCUGUGUCAUAGACUUUUCAUUUUUGCUUGGUUCUUCCCAUCUUCUAUCCUGUAGUAAGUUUACCCACUACCAGCUUCCUCCACAAGCCACCAACAAGCUUUUUGUAAAAACAGAAUUGAUAAUUAUACAUAUGCAUAUGUUUGCUUCUUUCGCCUGGCU